AGUUCGUAUAGAUCAUUGGACGCCGCGUUGGUUUAUUUUGGGCUCAAAUAACUUUCGUGUUGUCGGCAUUAGCCGUAGGUAACAGUAUUCACAGAUAUUGGAAGGAGGCUGGACGCAUUUAAUAACUAAACUAUAAGGAAAGUAGACCUAAACAACAAUAUUUUCAUAAGUGAAACAAUGUCAUUAAAAAUAGAAGCUGAAAUUAAAGUAGAAUCAGAACCGUGUGUGUUGACCUGGGGCAACAAGUUGUUUGUUGGCACUGAAGAUGGUUCCAUUAAAGCAUUUGAUGAGAAACUGGUGGCAAAGGAGUCCUGGGCUGCACAUGCAGUACAGCCAUUUGCUUUAGCUACUGAUGGAGCCACCUUGUACUCCUCGUCCAAUGACGGACCCAUUAAAGUUUGGUCCAUUACCGGGGCCAAAAUCGCUGAACUACCAACUACAGGCGCUGACGUGGGCUCUCUUCAUGUGUUUGACAAACAACUUUAUGCUGGUGAUGAAGAUGGCAACAUUGCAGUCUAUGAAAAUAAUGCAUUGAAAGCUAAAUACAAUGUCUUGGAAGAGGUUAAGGACCUGUCGUUCUCCCCGCCGUUCCUGUUUACAGUUCGGGACCUCUACGUCACUGCCACAGAAAUAAAGCCAGAGGAAUCUAAGACACGUUUCACUACAAGGCACACAAUGGAAGGUCGAGCUCCUUUGCGGAUAUCGGGAAAUCGACUCGUAUUCAUGUCUCGGGAUGGAAAUAGCCUAAAAUUACAUGAUUGCUCAAUUGAUACCAGUUUCAAACUGCUCCAUGAAAUAAAGGUCAGUGACAUGAUUGUUACAAGUUUGUCGACUAGCGGCGACUACGUGUGGACUGCAGGUUGGGACGGCUUCGUACGCCGUUGGAAGAUAGCUGGUGACAAAUUAGAACCCUGUGGGGAAAUAAAUCUUGGUGGCUGUGUUAAUUCCGUUGCUGCCAAUGGAGACAGUGUUUAUGCAGCUGUGACGGGUGGGAAAAUAGUUCAUUUGCGAUAGUAUGUAGAUAUGUAUUUAUUUAGUUAUCUAGAAUUAAAAUCUUUUCAAUAUCAUAUUGAAAAAAAUAACAGAUAAAUAAGUUCUAUCCUCAUCCCUACUCAAUGUACAACGUGCCGCGCCUGUAAUCGGAAUAGACACAAUUAUUAGCAUACUUUUAGAUACACUAUGAAACUACCACAUUAGACAUGUGUAGAACAACUGCACUGAUGUUUAGGCACAAUAACAUGCUUUAUAAUGAGGUGGAGAGUUUAUGAUAUUUAUUGUAAUCGUGGGUGACCAAUUUCUUUGUCACUGAAACAAAAUCUUGGGUAGCUUUUACUACUCUUAGUAAAACCUUGCAAGUGCAAAGAACUAAUCAAAUGUGAUUUUAAAUUAAUUAUUAUGGUGUCUAGAUAAAUUAGUGCAUUUUAUCAGGAAAAUAAAGCAUUCAUUCAGUUUGCUGUUUUUAUUUACCUCAAGAAACAAAAUCAACCAUGGAUUUUACCAUAAAGCAGUUUUAGAUAUGGAUAAUCACCAUACAAGAUCUUAGAAAUACUUACAAAAGCUUAGUGCCAUAUUGGCAAGGAUAUUUUAAUUGUUCAUGUUAGGCAUUGCUAUUGGUGUGCCUUAUCUUGUUAAAUAAAUAAUUUUGAACCACA